AUGGCUGCUGGCGGCAAUGGGGAAGGAAAUGGACAAAUGGAUCUCGAAAUCCCUAUGGAAGAAGGAGAGCCGCUUGGAGCGACACCUAACGAUAAGCUUAUCAUUACUAAAAUACAAGGCGGUACCAUUGCUGACGGUAAACUAAAGAUUGGCGAUCAAAUUCUCAAAGUGAACGGACAGCCGAUCACUGAUCAGAACAACUUUUUCAAAGCACUUCGUUUCGCUCCACCAUUAGCGAGACUUACGAUCCUG